AUGGACGGAGACGAGAGCCAAGACCUGUCCCAGGUUUCAGGGAAGGAGAGCCCUCCCAUGAGCGACACCCCGGACGACAGCGACGAGCCCAUGCCGGUCCCCGAAGACCUGUCCACCACGUCCGGAGGCCAGCAGGGCGCCAAGGGCGACAGGGCAGCGGGCCCUGUGAAGGUAGAGGCUCAGAGUGAUGAAGAGCGUGGGCGUGCCUGUGACAUGAAUGGGGAGGCGUGUGCCCAGGACUUGCGUGUGCUGGGCGCCGCGGGCGAGGACGUGAAUGGCUCCCACGGCGGCAGAGCGCUGGCGGGCGCCGGCGGCAUCCGGCUCCCGAACGGCAAACUGAAGUGCGACGUCUGUGGGAUUGUGUGCAUCGGCCCCAAUGUGCUCAUGGUGCACAAGCGAAGCCACACGGGCGAGCGGCCGUUCCAGUGCAACCAGUGCGGGGCCUCCUUCACGCAGAAGGGCAACCUGCUGCGCCACAUCAAGCUGCACUCGGGCGAGAAGCCCUUCAAGUGCCACCUCUGCAACUACGCCUGCCGCCGGCGGGACGCGCUCACCGGCCACCUGCGCACGCACUCCGUCGGCAAACCUCACAAGUGCGGAUACUGCGGCCGGAGCUACAAGCAGCGGAGCUCCUUGGAGGAACACAAGGAGCGCUGCCACAACUACCUGCAGUCCAUGGGGCUCCCGGGCACGCUCUACCCAGUCAUCAAGGAGGAGGCGAACCACGCCGAGGCGGCCGAGGACCUGUGCAAGGCGGGCGCCGAGCGGGCCCUGGUGCUGGACAGGCUCGCCAGUAACGUGGCCAAACGUAAGAGCUCUCUGCCGCAGAAGUUCGUUGGGGACAAGUGCCUGCCGGACGCGCCCUACGAUGGCAGCAGCGGCUACGAGAAGGAGCAGGAGCUGAUGCAGACGCACGUGAUGGACCAGGCCAUCAACAACGCCAUCAGCUACCUGGGCGCCGAGUCGCUGCGCCCGCUGGUGCAGACGCCGCCGGGCGGGGCGGAGGCAGGCGCCGUGCUCAGCCCGCUGUACCCCCUGCACAAGCCGCCGGGCGAGGGCGCCGCGCGGGCCGGGCUGUCGGCGCAGGACAGCGCCGUGGAGAACCUGCUGCUGCUCUGCCAGGCCAAGACCCUGUCCUCCGAGCGCGAGGCCUCGCCCAGCCACAGCGGCCACGGCUCCACCGACACCGAGAGCAACGAGGAGCCCCGGGCCGGCCUGCUGUGCCUGGGCCACGGCGCCCACGCCCGCAACGGGCUGGCCAUCAAGGAGGAGCUGCCGGCCUACGAGGUGCUGCGGGCGGCCUCCGAGGGCGGCCCGGACGCCCUCCGCGUGGUGGGCGCGGGCGGCGAGCCCCUCAAGGCCUACAAGUGCGAACACUGCCGCGUGCUCUUCCUCGACCACGUCAUGUACACCAUCCACAUGGGCUGCCACGGCUUCCGCGACCCCUUCGAGUGCAACAUGUGCGGCUACCACAGCCAGGACCGCUACGAGUUCUCCUCCCACAUCACGCGGGGCGAGCACCGCUACCCCCUGAGCUAA